GGAUUGCUCUACUUCUGCUACCCUGGAUCCUGGAGCUGAAGUCAGCCUACUUUAGGUAUCUGGCUUACUAUUUCAAAUGUCCAGUAUUACCAUGGCGAUUGGACCAUCUUUUCUUCCCCCGCCUCCUCCACCACCUCCACCGCCGCCCCCUCCUCCUCUGCCUCCACCUCCACCUCCACCCAUCACAGGAAACGAAUCGUUCUCUCGCAGUGUUCACCGGCGCUCCAAGAUGCGCAACUUUAACUGGGACACCAUUCCAAAGCAUAGUGUGGUUGGAAAACGCAAUGUCUGGACAUCACAAAAGAACCUAGAGGACAUUCCACUGGACACCAAACGCAUUGAGGAACUGUUCAGCCAUAGUGAGCAUCAGCAGAGGUCACUCAGGCAUGGCACUGUCAAGAAGAGUGUGUGGGGCCUGCAGUCUACCAGUCCUGAAUCAGAGAUUGUCUCCAUCCUUAACUCUAAGAAAAGUAUGAAUAUUGGGAUUCUCCUUAAGCAGUUCAAAAGACCUAUUCAGGAUAUUGUUGAGGAUAUCAGGGAGGGAAAUUUGCGAUUUGCCCCUGGGAGACUGAGAGAGUUGAGCAAGCUGCUGCCUGAUGAUGUGGAGGUGAAGAAGCUGUUAUCAUUCCAUGGUGAUGAAUCUCAGCUUGCAGAAACAGAUCGUUUCUUUCUGAUGCUGGUUAAAGUUCCUGGAUAUGAAAAAAGACUGAAAAGCCUGCUCCUGAGGGAGGAGUUCAUGCCCUUUAUCGAGGAGAUGAAAACCUCCAUUUCCAUCAUGACUGCAGCAGCUAAUGAGCUGCUGGCAUGUGGUGAUCUACAUUCUAUAAUCAGACUGGUUCUUAAAGCUGGAAACUACAUGAAUUCUGAUGGCUAUGCUGGUAAUGCACUAGGUUUCAGAAUGGCAUCUCUCCUGAGGCUUGUGGACACCAAAGCUAACAAACCUGGCAUGAACCUUAUGCACUAUGUGGCUAUGCAAGCUCAGCAGAUUGACACAUCCUUGUUAAGGUUUACAGAGCAUCUUCAACACAUUGGGGAAGCAUCAAGAAUUCAAAAACAGGAAGUAGAAACAGACUUUAAGAGAGAAAUGGCAAAAAUUAAAGAAGCAAAGACCUAUGUCAGCAAACAGCCUGAUCUGCACCAUCAAAUGGAGGAGUUUCUUCAAAUGGCCACACAUCAGCUUGCCGAUAUGGAGGACACUCUAAGGAAACUGGAUUCAGUCAGUAACUCAGUAGCUGAGUAUUUCUGCGAAGACCCUGCUACCUUUAAACUGGAGGAAUGCUGCUCAAUCUUCCACUCGUUUUGUGAGAAGUUUGAGAGGGCUGUUCUGGAAAAUGCAGAACGAGAGGCAGUGGAGAGGCGCCGAAGACAGCAGAGGGAAAGAGAGACGCUCAGCCGGAUAGUCCAGCGACGUACUAUCGCCUCCUGCUCUAAAAAAUCCUCUCAAAAAUCAGAAAAUGAGGCCCUGGAGUCUGUCCUCACCAGCUUUCUCAGCACUCGCCCUUCCCGCAGAAGACAGCCCUCAUCCAACAAAGCAAGUUCUACACAGAUGCUGGACAAAAACAACCUACUGGCUGAGAGGUCUCAUAUGUCUCUGAAUACUUCUUGUAAUGUGAACACAGUGGAUACAAGUGUUUUACUUCAAGAGCAGGAGCAGAGCUUCCAAAUAACCCUUGAACUUCCUGCCAAGACAGAACAGAAUGAGAUGACUCAUACUGAGGAGCAGGAUAAGAGUUGUCAGAUAACCCAGGAUAGCCCAGAAAAAGCAGAGAUUACUGUCUCUUAUCCUGAAAAACAGGAAGAGGAGCAAUAUUUAAACACAGAAAGAAUAUACGGUCAUGUGGAUGUAGCAUUUACACCAGCUGACUCAAAAAGAUCUCCAUCCAUAGAAGCCAAAGCAACUCCAAAGAGCAGCAAAACAAACCGUAGUAAGAGAAUACUUGUAAGCCAAAAUGGUUUUGAGAAUGAUGAUGAGAAGAAUGAAAAGAAAGAUCAAGCUCAAGAGAAUUCCCAGAAGGAGCCUUGUCGGAUUAGGUGCCCUGUUUUAGGUGCUGCACCGCACCUAAACGUUCCAAAUGUCUCCUCCCCUUAUCACAGAGGAGGAAAAGAGAUGGAUUUGGCCCUUCAGAAUGGCUUUGGAUCACCUUGGACUGUUCUCAGUCCUCACGCCUCACCCUCACCCAUGCAGCGUCGCAGGCAUUCCAUUGGUUCAACUAAAGAUGAAGAAUUGGAUGAUGGAGUUUGGGCAUUGCCUGAUACACCCUUAAAGGGCCCUCUUCUGGCACACAUGUGCAGAUCAUAUGAGCAUAGCGUAUCUACCUCUGUGAUUAGUCUUGUGGGUGUAAGAGAUUCUCCAUUAAAAGGCACAUCAAUUCAGGGUGCUCUGUUAAGGUCUGCAUCAGUGGGUGAAACCCCUGAAUCCAUGCCCAGCUUCCGUUUUAGGGCUCUCUUCCCAAGACGCCAUAGACAAGAUCCCAAAAGACAAGAGCCAUCUGCACUGAUGUCCUUCUUCCAACGAUUUGGGGAGAGAGGAAGGCCUGCUUCUGUUGGAGAAUAAUGCAGGAACCUUUAGAUUUUUAGUCUAUCUUGUUUUUUGUGUGGUUUUUAUUAAUUUAUUUAUUUUCCAGUUUUUAAAAAUAUUUAGCACUGUGUGCUCUUGCGCAUUGCCCAAUGACCACUGUCGCCCAGACAAAUAUGGACUUGUUUUGGAGUUGUGGUCAUUGUGGCUCUAAAUCGAUCUUUUCCACAAAAGUGGUUAUUAUUUAUUUGUAUUCUAUUAGUGUUCUUAAUUGAAUUGUUUAAACUCUUAAACAAUUUUAUGUUUUAGUUCUGUGGAUUUGAUGCACUUUAAAAUUUGCAUGUCGCUCUAUUUUUAUCUUUGUUGUGUAUUUUUUUUUUUUCAUAUAAUAAAGUGUGACAUUCCACCUUAA